AUCUUCUAUCUCUACCUCUCACAAAAUUCGAUAGCACUCUAUGAUGAACAGGGCAACUCAGCUUUAAGAGAAGAUGCUGCUCAGCUUCACCAGUUCAUAUUACAUGCAGCUCUGGAUAUUGUUCAGGACCUUGCUUGGACUACCAGUGCCAUGUAUUUGAAAGCAGUAGACCGCUUUAAUGAUUUGGUGGUUUCCGCCUAUGUUACAGCUGGUCAUAUACGACUUAUGCUGCUUCAUGACUCCCGGAACGAUGACGGGAUUAAGAGCUUUUUCCAAGAGGUUCAUGAGCUUUAUAUCAAGGCAAGUUACUCCUUACCAACCCCCUUUCUAAACUUCCACGUUACAGUUCCAUGAUAUGUUCUUAAAGGAGGACAGACAUGUUCUUUAUGCAUUUCCACACGUUAUUUAUUAUAAUUUCUUAUCUUGUAGUCGUAGGAUGGUAAGAAAUGAGUGCAGGCAGGUUA